AUGGAGGAGCUGCUGCGGGUGGUGCAAGCAGAGCGAUUCGAGUUGCAGAAGCUCCUCAAUGAAGCGCAGCUGCACAGACGGCCGAGGGAGGGCCGUAGAGGUUGGCACAACCUUCGAACAAGUUCCGCCCAAGCGCAGUGUGCGUUGCAACGGGUUGCAUGGGCGCAAGGUUAUGAGCCCAAGCGACCUGCCAUGUCGUCGACGACGAUGAGAAGGAGAAGAGCAGCGAGCGACAAGGCAGCUGCGGAGGCGGCGCCGGUGGUGAUCGGCGAAGCGGAUCGCCGCCUGGAUGCGCAGAUAGAGGAAGAGGUGAGGAGGUCGCGAUCGGCGGAUGUGGGGCCGAGGAGGGCAUCGGAUGUGGGAAGCACUCCUAGGGGUCCACCAACCUCCUUUCGACCGCCUGUGACUGGGUCCUCGGAGGGCAAUCUCAAGGCACUGGAAGAUGGAGGAGAGGUGGGCCCAGCAACGCUGAAGUCGGUGAAGACCAGCGAACCGGUUGGGGCACCUUCAACAUCGACCAGUUCCACGGUGGGUUUGGGGGCACUUCAUGAUGCGGUCCAACGAACUUAUCAUGCACUUCAACAAGCACUAGCGGGACAACCUCAGGGGCAGGGUCUACUUGCGCCUCUUGGACCUGGCAUUGAUCCGGGAGCUCGAGGAGGGCUGUUUGGUGAUGGCAGCGGCUUGAUGAAUCCACGAGCCUUGGACUAUGGACAGGGAGUGGGACAGACACCAAGUAGAUCACCCAACAUCAAUCCCUUUUGGAGUCCUGGUGUUCAGGAGGCUGCGAGGCGGACUUUGGUGGAGGGAGGUCAACCUGGAGGUGAAGGUCUUCUUCCUGGAGGUCAUGCGGAAGCACGAACAUGUGGGAGCACUCCGGCGGCUGCUGGGGCAGGUGCUGGACCUAUGGCACAGGACUCGGGAUCGAUGUCGCCGGGUCCGGAGGAUGUUGAAGCCCUGAGAACCAGAAUUCUCCGGGAAGCUGAGGAAGCAUUUCAAAGGGAACUUCGUCGACUUGGCACUUCUCGUGAACCAACGGAUACGACUUCCUACAAGACGGUCUCAAGUGGUCAACAUUUGGGAGACCCUGUACCGGAUCAACCCCCUGGACUACCUCAAGGGCGGCACCCAUUGUCGAGCUCUACGGUGGACCAUGGAUCUGGGCAGAAGGUGGUGAGAAUUGGUGGUGGGGCCUCGACUGCAUCGACGACGGAGGCGUUGAGGAACCUUGAACUUCCUGCCCUACCCUCUCCAAAUGUUGAGGGAGCUUCGAUCUUGUUUGGGGACUGGCUCACUAUGAGUUUUCCCUUGAUGGCUGACAUUUCGCAUAGCGCCAAGGCCUGGCGGGAAGAGUCACUCUCCAUUGCGCAGGAGCACUAUGCACGUUGGUUGACAAUGACACCCCUGGAGCGACUGCGUGCGAAACCAGUGGUGGUGGUUGAGCCUGCACUGCAGAGGAUUGAACAAAGGGGCAUUGCAAUGUUGUUGGGGGCAUUGCCUGAUCAGCUCCGGCGGGAUCUUGUCAGUGGGCGGCAACUCUCGGUGGUCCACAUCCUGUACCGCUUACAUGUGGCGUACCAGCCGGGAGGAGGGGCGGAAAAAAACGCAACUCCUCAAAAGUUUGGUGGAGACAAAGUUUGCCACGGGGAUGGCAGAUUUGUUGACACAAGUGAGGUUAUGGCGACGAUGGCUGACCAGAGCGCAGGAACUUCACCUUACGCUCCCUGA